AUGGGUACAUACCCAUCACCAAAAUUUCACACAACUAAGAGUAAUAUUAUGUGUGAUGGAUGGAUAUUUUUGAAUGGUUCCAUGAGACAGUUUGGUGAAUGGGGAGUGAACCUGGUGCAGUGGGAACGUGUACACCAACACACGCGUCACUUUCUUCCUCUUGACGCGUUUGUUUCGGUGCAUCCAAAAUCGCGUCCUGUCCCUCUCCCUCUCGUUAAUCAAUCAAACAAACACCUUGUGUGCGUGCCGCGAGUCGCUUCACUAUCCCUCUCCCACCGCGCCACGCGUCGCGUGCCGCGACCCCGCUUUGCUCUCGCGUUUUGCACCGCACGAUCUCAGAGGGGUCACACACGCACGCGCUUCGAGCGUGACGGGGCGAGAAAGCGAGUAGUGAAACGUAAUGGUGCUAAAUUUGUGCCUGAAAGCAUGAAGCUACGAAGAAAAGUAGAAAACCGUAAUUAA